AUGGUAUCAAAGCUUUGGGUGGCUGCUGGUGAUUCGCCUGUAACGAUAUCCCCAAAUGGCUCUAUGGUGAAAGGGUCAAGUCUUUUUGACACGAUGAAAGGGAAAGUUCUAUACGGAAUUUUAACUGCAACAUCUCCACUGAAAAAAUGUCGUGGUCAUAAUCAAAGGAAACCCCGCAUAGGCUGCGAUGCCGCUACAAUGAACUCGUUGAUUGGCAGAUAUGGUGGCAUCGAGGUGCACCAAUAG